AUGCUGACACAUCUUUUAGUGGACUUCAUAAUAGAUACCGGCCUGAAUUUCUCGGCUUUCGACAAUUUGAAGUUUCAUGAGUUUGUGAAGUAUCUGAACCCUAAAGUGAAACUACCGACCUCCGCUGAGAUGACUAUAUUCUACGAGAAAGUCACGGAAUGGGAUAAUAGGGUGUUGGUGAUGGUAAGAAACGAUGGUGAUAGAAACAGCCAAGAAUACCUGCUCGCUGAUGAUGCUAACGACAAAGUAUACUACCAAUCACACGAAUACUCAGACACUGAGGCGCAUGUUCUGCAAGAUUCAAUGGAAAUGGGUUCAAACGAGAUGAGUAUGCAAAUGCAAAAUAUGAAAUACACGGAUCAAAAUCAUGGAUUGGAUUAUGGAGCAGCUUUCGAAAAUGGUAAUAUUCCGAGUGAACAACUUCAAAUGUCCGAUGAGCCCUUGGCAAUUGAUAAUGAAAAUCACCAAGAAGAGAAGUGUUCACUGAUAAGUUGGGAAAACGUAUCGAUUGGCAGCACAUAUGCGGGCUUGAACAACAUCAUGCCAGAGGCUCUGUCAUCAGGAUCUGUCGUCAGUGAUGAAGAUGAGUUUAACCAACAAGAAUCAUCAUCAGAUAGCUCACCGAUAGGACAAGAGUCGCAGUCCUUUCAAGAUUCGAAUUCUUAUGCUUCCACCUCAUUGGUUCCAGCCCUUCAUUGCAAAAGUUUAGGAAAAAUAGAGAUAAAGCAAGAAAAUCAGGCAAAUCUCCCAUAUCCAAAGUAUUUCCUGGGUUGUAAAGUACUCAAGAUUGAGAAGAACAUUGUCACAUUGAAAAGCAUUCCUGGAUAUUUGAAUAAACCAUGCAUUGUGUGCUGUGAGAGAAAGGAAGGAAGACACAUGCGAGAAGUGAAAGGGAGUUAUAACGCUUACAUAAUGAUUUUUGCUUGCAUCAAAAAUGGAUAUUAUUCAAAAGAAAAAGGAAAACAGAUUUCUCGUUUGCACACGUUUUAUUCCUGUAUAUGCCAUAAUAAUGAGAUGUGUCUCAUUCCGAUGCUCGUUGCAACCAAAGUCGCAUCCUAUGAAGCCGAAGAGGCCAACAACAUCUUCGUGGUCACUCCAGAAAAUUUUGCAAAACAAGCCGUCAGAAUCAUCGGAACAACUUGGGAAAUCACCACUGGAUGUGUGCAACACGAUAUCCAGGUCGCUCUCGGAACGCUUUUCUCCUUCUGGUUCUUCAAAGUCAUGUUUGUUCCAGUUGUGAUGCUCGGAGUCCACAAGCAUCGUGCUGAUCAGACGCGCGAUCGGACGUACCUGACAUAUCUUUUAGUGGACUUCAAAAGAGAUACCGGCCUCAGUUUCUCGGCUUUCGAUAAUGUAAAGUUUCAUAGAAUUGUGAAAUUUUUGAACCCUGAUGUGAAACUACCGACGUCCGCGGAGAUGACUAACUUCUACGAUACCUAUCAUGAGGCAUUCACGGGAUCGAAUAAUAAUGUGUUGGUGAAUGCUGGAAACGAACGUGAUAGAAACAGUGAAGAAUACAUGCCCGUUGAUGUUACUGACGAUCAAGUAGAUUACCCAUCACACGAAUACUCAGACACUGAGGCGCAUGUUCUGCAAGAUUCAAUGGAAAUGGGUUCAAACGAGAUGAGUAUGCAAAUGCAAGAUACGGAAUACACGGAUCCAAACUCUGGAAUGGGAUAUGGAGCAGCUUCCGAAAAUGAACGUUUUCCAAGUGAACAACUUCAAAUGUCGGAUGAGCCAUUGGCAACUGAUAAUGAAAAUCACCAAGAAGGGAAGUGUUCACAAAUAAAUUUGCAAAAUUCACCGAUUGGCAGCACAUAUGCGGACUUGAACAACAUCAUGCCAGAGGCUCAAUUAUCAGGAUCUGUCGUCGGUGAUAGAGAUGAGUUUAACCAACAAAAAUCAUCCUCAGAUAGCUCACCAAUGGGACAAGAGUCGCCGUCUUUUCAAAAUUCGAAUUCUUAUGCUUCCACCUCAUUGGUUCCAGCCCUUCAUUGCGAAAGUUUAGGAAAAAUAGAGAUAAAGCAAGAAAAUCAGGCAAAUCUCCCAUAUCCAAAGUAUUUCCUGGGUUGUAAAGUACUCAAGAUUGAGAAGAACAUUGUCACAUUGAAAUACAUUCGUGGAUAUUCAUACCCAUGCAUCGUGUGCUGUGAGAAAGGAAGAGACAUGCGAGAAGUGAAGUGUUCAAACGCUUACAUAAUGAUUUAUGCUUGCAUCAAAAAUGGAUAUUAUUCGAAAGAAAAAGGAAAACAGAUCUCUCGUUUGCAUAAGUUUUGGUCCUGUAGAUCCCAUUUGGAUGAUAUGUAUAACAGCGCUUGCAAGCAUAUGGGCAUAGCGAAUCCCACGACCGAUAUUCACGCCGAAAACAAAAACGUCGUGGAUGCUUUGCCCCAUAUCACAGAAAUCAAAAACAGUCGAAAUACCGUAGAAAGAAUUAAUAGUCUUGGAAUAUUCAUAGAGCUUCUUAAAAAGUUCUGUGAAACAUACAAACGAAAUUACGACGUUUAUACCGUGAAACCUAUAAUAGAAGCGCCCCUUUAUUAG